CCGGCCCUCCCCGCCCGGCCUCCGCGCCCUGUCAGACUGUGGCGGUCGGCAGCGUGGCGCGCUCUCCCUCGGCCGCAGCCCUGCGAGGCGGCUCGCGGUAACACACCCGCACGUCCCGCCUGCCCGCAUUCUGCCCUGCCCUGCCCCUGCCGCCCGCCCUCAGCAGCAUGGCACACGCGCCGGCGCGCGGCCCCAGCCCCCGCGGCUCCGGGGACGGCGGCGUGGGCAAGCCCAGGAGGGUGGCGCUCAUCACCGGCAUCACCGGGCAGGAUGGUUCCUACUUGGCUGAGUUCCUGUUGGAGAAAGGCUACGAGGUCCAUGGAAUUGUACGGCGAUCUAGUUCAUUUAAUACAGGGCGAAUUGAACAUCUGUAUAAGAAUCCCCAGGCUCAUAUUGAAGGAAACAUGAAGUUGCACUACGGUGAUCUCACUGACAGUACCUGCCUCGUGAAGAUAAUCAAUGCAGUGAAGCCUACAGAGAUCUACAACCUUGGAGCCCAGAGCCACGUCAAAAUUUCCUUUGACUUAGCUGAGUACACUGCAGAUGUUGAUGGGAUUGGCACUUUGCGGCUACUGGAUGCAGUGAAGACCUGUGGCCUUAUCAACUCUGUGAAAUUUUACCAGGCCUCCACAAGUGAGCUGUAUGGGAAGGUGCAAGAAAUCCCCCAGAAGGAGACCACCCCUUUCUACCCACGGUCGCCCUAUGGGGCCGCAAAACUCUAUGCCUAUUGGAUCGUGGUGAACUUCCGGGAAGCAUACAACCUUUUUGCAGUGAAUGGCAUUCUCUUCAAUCAUGAGAGCCCCAGAAGAGGAGCUAAUUUUGUUACUCGAAAAAUUAGCCGGUCAGUAGCUAAGAUUUACCUUGGACAACUGGAAUGUUUCAGUUUGGGAAAUCUGGAUGCCAAACGAGACUGGGGCCAUGCCAAGGACUACGUGGAGGCUAUGUGGCUGAUGUUGCAGAAUGAUGAGCCAGAGGACUUUGUCAUCGCUACUGGGGAAGUCCACAGUGUCCGUGAAUUUGUGGAGAAAUCAUUUAUGCACAUUGGCAAAACCAUCGUGUGGGAAGGAAAGAAUGAAAAUGAAGUGGGCAGAUGUAAGGAGACCGGCAAAGUUCACGUGAAGGUGGAUCUCAAGUACUACCGACCGACCGAAGUGGACUUCCUGCAGGGAGACUGCACCAAAGCCAGGCAGAAGCUGAGCUGGAAGCCGCGAGUGGCCUUUGACGAGCUGGUGCGCGAGAUGGUUCAGGCCGACGUGGAGCUCAUGAGGACCAACCCCACGGCCUGAGCGCGGACCCGCGCGGGAGGUGCCUCCGCUGGAGCGGGACGCCGAGGUUUGCAGCAGCCGGGACGCUACGUUUCCAGGUUCGCUGCUUCGCUUUUGUCGGGCGAAGCCGCCUCUCAAUGGCUUUGUGAAAUCAAGACGUUUUAAUCACAUAUUCACGUUACUUGAAAUUAUGUCACUUAGACAAAUCUUGGGGCCUUCAAAUUGUUUUUCUCUUUUCCUAUUAAAAAUGAUCUUUUAUGAACUAGCA